AUGGGUGUCUCAGAGGAUGCCUGCAGCCAAGAAUUGAAAGAAGCAAUGGCAGCAGCUAAGUCAUUCAUCUCUCUUCCUUCCAUGUCGCUCUUCUUCACUCGAGUUACCUUUGUUCUCUUUCUUGUGGCUCUGGCUGCCCAGUCCCAAGUGGCUUGGUCUCAGAACUGCUCAGCUGGGCUUGCUCAGCUCACUUCUUGCGCUCCCUACGUCCUUCCUGGCACGAACCAAGGUCCUCCAAAUGAGCAGUGCUGUGCUGCUCUUCGGGGAGUCGACCACACCUGCCUCUGCAACACACUGAACAUAAUCUCUCGCUUGCCCAGCAGCUGCAAUCUCUCUCCAGUCACUUGCAGUAAUAAUGACCUCCCUUCAUCUCCUAUUACAUCUUCGUAG